AUGGAGCCCCCUACGCCGCAGCAGAAGAAAAAGGACGAGCUGCUCGCUCUGCCCUCGCCCGAGAAGCUGCGAGAGAUUGCACGGCGACAGGACGAACGGGCGCUCGAGAUACGCGCGAAACGGCAGCGCGCGUCCACGAUCGACGAGAGGACAAACGCUGCCCAGAUCAUUCAGCGUCAUUAUCGUGGCCAUCAGACCCGCCGCGAGCUGAAAGGAUACGCCUUGGACCCCAGCACGAGGUGGCUCGAGGUAUGCUCUACCACUACCUCACUUCUGGCAGAAUGA